AUGAGUCGUGGAACCGCAGCCGUUGCCAAGGGAAAGAAGAAGAGUGUUUCCUAUUCCAUCGAUUGCUCAAAGCCUGUCGAUGACAAGAUCAUGGAGAUUGCUUCUCUCGAGAAGUUCCUUCAGGAGAGGAUCAAAGUCGGCGGCAAAGCUGGUGCUCUCGGUGACUCCAUAACAAUCACCCGUGAGAAGAGCAAGAUCACCGUCACUUCUGAUGGUCCUUUCUCCAAGAGGUACUUGAAGUACUUGACAAAGAAGUACUUGAAGAAGCACAAUGUGAGGGAUUGGCUCAGAGUGAUUGCAGCAAACAAGGACCGUAACCUCUACGAGUUGAGGUACUUCAACAUCGCUGAGAACGAGGCAGAGGAGGAAGACUAA